UUUCAAUGGAGAAUUUAGGCUGCGCAAAAAAUCCAUUCAGAUUUUUUUCCUUACCUGCCAAAAAAAAAUUGAAUUGGACAGACUGGAAGUUUUCAGUCAUGCCGCCAGAUCGAGAUCAUUCACGGAAUCCACCAACGAAAAGGAUCAAACUGGAAGGAGAAUUGAAAAAAAGGACUCCACAAAGACCAGCAACAAUACCCACAGAUAUAUAUGUUUCCAACAAAAGUUCGUUCGCUGCACAACUUGCCAGAGCCAAGAAGCUGCUUCUAUUACAAGAAUGUGCAAGCAUCACGAUACACGGUUUAGGUGCAAGCAUAGAAAAAUCGAUCCAACUUGCUUUGAAGUUACAGGUGGAAUUGAGCGAUCAAGUGGAGCUGAAAUGCACAACUGGAACAGUUGAGCUGGUGGACGACAUCAUACCCGAAGAUAUGGAGGAAGACUUGAAAACGCAGACCAGGAACAACUCGGCUGUUCACAUUGUCGUCACCGCUAAACCAUCCAUCACCAGCAUCCGGGUAAAGGCAAAGCAUACUGCACGCCCAGGAAGCUAUCGCGCUUAAUGUAAUUUCAAGCAGCAACCUAAUUUGAGCACAUGCCGCUAGCCAUCUAUGUUUAAGCGUUACGGAACUUGAGCAGAGGGGC